AUGCUCGGUGGAGUCCCGACGGUGAGCCAACCUGUCUCUCGCAUGUUAGCGCAGCUGUGGGUGCAGCUGCGCGUCGCUGGCUGUCCGGGCUGUGUAACGGGCGGGCAGGUACGGAGGACAGCCGAUGACCUAUGGAUCCAGCUGCACGCAGGCCUGGCAGGAACCCAUCCAGUGCCAUCCAAGCCGUGCCGGCGAAAGUCUGGACGAGUCGUUGAGCAGCAUCCGCAUCGACGGGACGAUCAAUACCACCUAGUAGGGAUGUACACGCUGGACAGGCCCUGGGCGGCGGCGAGGCAUUGGCUGGCAUCGCUUCCCCUGGCCAGGGGUCAGGGGUCCGAGGUUACCUUGCAGCAAAAAAAGGGGGCCGCCCGGGAAACCUCAAACAUUUAUCACCGCGGCGCCAUCACCAGAGCUGCCCUGGCUGGCUGGCUGGCUGGCUGGCUGGCCGCACUAGAACAGAACAGAGCCAGCUGACAGAAACAACCGCUCGAAACACAUGAUCUUGAAUUGUUUACUGCCGCCGAUCUGCAAACAUCGGAUGGAAACAACACCACGUUGUGUCAUCUCCCCGCACCCGCACCCGCCUCAUCCUCAGCCUGACCGGAUCCUUGGGUCUCGGCGGAGAGCCCCUUGAUAUCCCCAGGACCGGGACCACAACGGGACUGGGCACCACGAUACGCCGUCGGUCAUCUUUGACCAGCCGUCAGCAUCGCUGCAGGUGGUCAUCAUCAGGCGACGGUGUUGUGACCCGGCCUGCCCAAGCUGCGCAAGAUCCGUCCUGAUGGCACACGGGGCUUGAUGAAGGACAGUUGCGCCCCGUCUGUAUUUCUCCGUUUGGCCCAGAACAUGAAUUAUUCCGGCCGACCUCACCUUGUCUCUGGCACCCCUCUGGCAUCCCUCUGCCAUGCUCUGCCAUGCUCUGCCCUGCUUGCGUGCCAUCCUUCGCAGCCCGCCCGCCCCUUGUGCAGAACCUCAGACCCAAGCGAGAUGGCCCUGGAUGGCCCAAGGCGCUUGGUGGUCCUUCGUCGUGGUCCUUUCUCGGAAGGAACCCGCCCUGCCAGCAGCCCAGUCCUCUCGGCAAACUCGGAAUACGAAGCCAGAAGAAGCAAUCCAAGACCCAGCACCGCUGGGCCGGAAUCCUCCCAACAUAUGAGGUCUUGACAGGCGCCUUGGCCCUUUUUGGCACCGUCCAGCCGCUUUGGGGGCCUGGCCGUUGCUCAAUCUUGCCAUUGCCACGUUCUUGUUGUGCGGUGUGGAGGCUCCGCAUGGCAGGGCAUGAGGCUAUGAUGAGCAGUCUGUCAAACAACGGUCGAGUCUGAAGAACCCCACUUCGUAUCUUCAGUUUGAGUGCUUCUCAUAAUCUAGGACUGCCUCAAUGUAAUCUCGCUGGGAGGCUCCCGCCCCGUUCACCCCUGUCCACUGGUCCGAACCCUGCACAAAACAACCCCUUGGCAGGGCCGGCCAGGCGGCCCAGGCCACAAGCCUGCGUGGCUGCCAGGCUGCUUGCGAUAAGGCCCUGCCAUGCAGCCAUGCAAGAGCAAAUCUUGAAGGACUAAAAACCAACAAGAAAGGGUGCGGGCCCGGAUUACUUGCCAAACAGGGAACAUUGACGCGUUCUCGGCCAAUAACCGUCAGCGCUGGCAGGGCUCCCUGCUGGACCCGAGGUGCUGGCGACAGAGCCUCGCUUUGACAGAGAUCUUAUGAUUAAGCGACUAGAUCUCACGUUUCGUCGCUUGGCUCCCACGUUGUUGUGAUUUGGUAGUGGCACACUUUGACUUUCCCCAACUCCCUGUCGAUGAUCAUUUUACCGCUCCAGUCAACUAAUCCGAGUAUAAACGCUCGGAUGCUACCAAGGUUGGCGGGAGAGCAUAUAGCCGCCUCCCACGCAACUUACCAGCGCUUCGGGCUGGCAGCAGCAGCACAGCUGGGCCGAGGCACCGCAAGUCUGAUACUGGCGUUGAUCUCGGAGAAAUUGCUUAGCCACUGACUCAUUAAAGCUAGGGAAUCUUUCGAAAAGAUUUCCAGAAGCCGCUCUACCUGAAGCCAAGAAGAUGCUAUCCCCAUAUCCCUCGGCCCCGGACAAGGAAAUUAAGGCAUGCCCAGUGAAGUCACGUAGACAACCUUUCGGUUCAUGCGAGCCAUCGUGAUGGAG